AUGGACGUGGAUCAUACAGAUGUUGACGCCUGGACUCUAAGUCCUCUGGCUAAGAUUCUGAUAACGUGCCUCUUCGCGGGAAUCAGCAUCAUAGGAGUGGUGGGAAAUUUCCUCGUUAUCACCCUCGUUCUGGCCUUGCCGAGCAUGCGCACUUCGUUCAAUCUGUGCCUGGCAUCGCUGGCUCUGGCGGAUUUGAUGGCGUUGACUUUCCAACCGAUCGUCACGUUACGGGAUCUUCACAACUGUGAUCAUUCUAUCUUGGGAAGGAGUCUGUGCGUAAUCAUCAGCUCCAUCGAAAGAGGCUCUUCCGUGUGUGGCGACCUGACAUUUCUGCUGAUAGGGGUGGAGCGGUACACGAUGUUGUGUCACCCCCUUAGGACCAUCGGUAUGUGGACUCGUCCAAAAGUCUGCUUCGUACUCCUGCUCAUUUGGAUCAUCACAGUAACCGUGUCAAUUCCGUUCGGGUACGCCGCGAGGUACGAAGAAAUCCACGCCAACAAUUUUUCCGACGGCGUCCACGACAUAGGCUACCACAAACCUUGGAUCGCUCCCGUGCAGCAAAGUAUCCUAGGCUCAAAUUCCACCAUUAAGGGAACGUACUGCUACAUCGCCUUUGACAUUCCUUGGGUCAUGUGGUACCAAACCGCCUUGAUUUGCGUCUCAGUCUUCGUCCCCGUUCCUAUUCUGGCAACCCUUUGCGGUAAAAUGAUCCUGGCUCUAAGGAAUCGGGUGUCCAAGAAUCAUUGUGAGGGGCUGGGAACCAGGGCAAGGCGCAAAUCCCGUUCCCGAAUCAUCCUGAUGCUUGUUCUCGUAGUAAUCAUCUUCAUAAAUAAUCAGCUGCAACGACAUAAUCAUCUGCUAUGA